CCUUCCCCAAAAUCCUCACCACUCUCAUUCGGCCAUUCUUACUUACACACAUCAUAUCAUUUCUUCUCUUUUAUAAAUUCUAGCCAAUUAAUUAAGCAUAUAUCAUGGCUAGCAAUGUGGCUACCCUUACCCUACUCGCGGUGGUUGUGGUGGCAACGCUACUAGCCACGACACCAACGACAGAGGCGGUGACAUGUAGUCCGGUGCAGCUAAGCCCUUGUGCACCAGCAAUCAUGUCCAACAAAGCACCAACAAAGGCAUGUUGUGAUAAAUUAAAGGAGCAGAAACCUUGCCUUUGUGGAUAUUCCAAGAACCCAACUCUUAAGCCUUAUGUUAACUCCCCUGGUGCUAAACGUGUGGCUUCCACUUGUAAAGUCAGCGUUAGUUGCUAAAUAUAGUAACAUACCAUCCAUCAAAAUAUUAUUAGAAUGAUCUUAUUAUUAUAUUAUUAUUAUUAUUAUAUUAUUAUUAUUAUUAUUAUUAUUAUUAUUAUUAUUAUUAUUAUACUAUAAUUCUAGUAUUUAUUCCCUUGAUCACUGUGUAUAAGUGUGAUCAAGGAGACGAGAAUAUAUGGUUGUGGGGGUGUUUUUAAUUAAGGUAAUUAUAAAUCAAGUGAUCGUACGUACGUGUUUAAUUUAAUGUUUGGUUUGUGAUCGAUCUUGUAUCAAAUCGUGUGAUAUAUUAAAGUGAUGCAUGUAAACGUGUCCAUGUUGCACACUUCUUUGUAUGUUUGUGGAAUUGUGGUUUGGGGAUUAUAUAUGUUGCACUUUAAUAAAAUGUUAAAUUAUGAAA